GCGAGCGGCGGCGGCGGGCGCGCGCGCGGGGAGAAUGUUGCCCGGAGCGGGGGCGGCUGCGCGGCGGGGCGGCCGGCCAGAUAUGAAACGACCGCUGAGCCUGCCCCACCCUGCUGAGAACAGGACCCACCUGGCCGAGACGGCGGGGAGCCAGUCGGAGCAGCGCACGAAGCGGGAGAAGAAGCACCAGUCGUUCACGCUGUGCGAGGUCUGUAACAUCCAGCUCAAUUCGCCUGCCCAGGCGCAGAUCCACUACAAUGGAAAAUCCCACCAGAAACGCCUCAAGCAGCUCAACAAAGGGAAGGUGCCGACGGGCCAAGGACCAUCUGGGCACAGCAGCCCCCUCCUAGCAUCGCUAUCUAUUCCUGGGCGACCCCUACACCCGCCACUGGACAUCAAGCACUUCCUGACCUUUAGACUCAAUGGGACGUCCCCACUCAACCUGUUCCCCAACUUCAACACGAUGGAUCCCGUGCAGAAGGCCGUGAUCAAUCACACCUUUGGCGUCCCCUCCCCGCUCAAGAAGAAGCAGUUCAUCUCUUGCAACAUCUGCCACCUCCGAUUCAACUCCGCGAACCAGGCGGAGGCGCAUUACAAGGGCCACAAACACGCCCGGAGACUCAAAGCCAUAGAAGCUGUGAAGAACAAACAGAAAACAGCAGUGGCCACCAGCCGGGACAUCCCAGCAGACUUCCCUGCCACCCUGGACGUCAGUGGGGAUCCCCACAGCACAGUUCAAGCCAACGGCCUCCUGGGGCUGAAGGAGCCGGACACCGAGUGUAGCAGCCUCAUGCUGACCCCCACCUCGGAGGCGUCCUCGGCCGAGCUGUCCGGCAGCGUCCCAGCCCUGGUCUCCCCGCCUGUUUCGGAGCUGUCAGAGGGCCCUUCGGAUGCCACCAGUGUGGCCUCUUUGCCAGCGCCGGGAGCUGAGACGCCAGCCGCUGAAUCGGGCGGCGGCAGCAUCGGCUCAGCCCCUGACCGAGGAAAGGAAGGGAAGAAAAGCAAGCAGCACCUCUACUGCCCCACCUGCAAAGUGACGGUGAACUCGGCAUCCCAGCUGGAGGCUCAUAACACGGGGGCCAAGCACAAGUCUAUGCUGGAGGGUCAGACCACGCAGAUGCGGCGGGGCCGGGGCAAGGUCAUCCCCAGGGCGGGGCACAAGUCCAAAAGAAUUGGCAACAAGGGCAGCAUCCACAUCCAGAACAAGGCAUUCCAUUGCCAAGUGUGCGAGAUCUACGUCAACUCGGAGACCCAGCUCAAACAGCAUGUGAGCAGCCGGAGACACAGAGACAGGCUUGCUGGGAAGCCACCCAAGCCAAAAUACAGCCCGUACAACAAGCUCCAGAAGAACGCUGUCCUCGCAGUGAGUAUUCUGAAGUCCAAGCUGGCUUUGCAGAAGCACCUCACCAAAACCUUGGCCACCCGCUUCCUCCCGAGCCCCCUCACCACGGCAGCCAUGUGCGCCAUGCCCGGCCCACUCACCCUCAGACCAGCCACCGCCACCGCCCUCUUCCAGGCCCCGCUCCUUGGACCAGCGCUCUUCCGAACCCCGCCAGGCCACGUCCGCGCCACGCCCGGCCCCAUCGUCUUCGCGCCCUACUAGAGCCUCGCGCCCUCCAAGGCUCCGUCUCUCCCGGACGCGGCGAAGAGCCCCGGGAGCUAUGCAGCAAGGGGCAGCACUACUGGACAGGGCUCUGUUCCGAUUGAAGGCAAAUGAUUCUUUGUAACCGUUGAUCGGCGGGCGGGGGGGUUUCUUUCACUCCCAGCGGGUCCCCACUGGGCUAGGAGAUUCCCCGUCUGACUGCUCUGCCAGGCCUGGCUGUGCCCCCGUUACCCACGCCCGGUGCCCCAGUCGGUUCUGCCACCCACUCACUCAGUAGCUCUCCGAAAACACAGCUCCAUGUCUGGUUUGAUUGGAUUCAGUUAAAGGGACAGAGCCAGGAUCCCCUAGGCCCAUUGAUGCCCGUGGCCAGCGGGUGCCCCUGUUUGGCUAGUGAGUUUUUCAUUCAUUCCCUUCCCAGUGAUUCAUUUAAACCAAACCAGGGAAGGGGCCUGGCUGACCCUCUGGAAAGGGAGGGCCUUUCUCUGAGGCUUGCUGGUUCAGAGCCAGCCCAGGUUCCUGGCGACCCCCAGAUCAUAGGCCCUGCUGGAAGGAGUCUGUGGUGGAUCUCAGGCCAGUUUCCAGUGGGAGAAACCUCCCCAGCACAAAUUCCACCCCCCAGCACAAAUUCCAUACCUGUAGCAGGGAGGACGCAGCCUAAGCCCUGCAUGGGACAUGAGGCACAUGGAUCUGAGGAUGCAGGGAGUGUUACUCUCCAGCUCCUCUGGUCUGGUCCAUUUCAGCAGCAGGAAAUCCAGAGGAAAAAUGAACAAAAACAGACACCGGCAAACAGGGACAGCGUUUUCCCAUAGAACAAACAGUUGAACCCCGGGGCUCCUUGGCAGCAGAGACCUGUUUGCUGCUCACUUCAGAAAACACAUUAUCGUCCAACACGGGAAGUGCAGCGGAGGGCCACUCAAACUGGAUAGGAGCGUUUGUCUAGAGCAGUGGUUUUUAACCUUUUUUUAAUUUGCGGACCCCUUUGGAAAUGAGAUAUAGUCUGAGGAUCCCCAGGGGUCCGUGGACCACAGGUUGAAAACCACGGGUCAAGUGGUUAGACAACAGGACUCCUGGAUUCUCCUCCCAGACCUGAGACAGGGUGUAAGAACAGGACGUGGGGAAUCAGGACACCUGGGUUCCAUUCCCAGUUCAGCUAAGGCCUGGAGUCAACUGGGUAGAGAACGGCCCUUCUCCUUGGCAUCUAUUCCCAACUCUGCCAUUCACUCCCUUGCGCCACGGUGCUUCACCUCUUAGUGCCUCAGUUUCCCCCCAUUAAGCAGGGGAUAGCUCUGUCCCUACCUCGCAGGGAGGCUGAGUGAAGGUUCAUAAAGCACAUUGUCCUUCCAUAGCGCCUUUCCUUGGAGAGCUGCAAAGCAUUCCUACUGUUAACAGGCCAGCAGACACAAUCCAGUCACCCAGCCCCCUUGAAACUAGGAGCUUCCAAGGAAACUGGGAGGAUUCCCUGUUCGUUCAGCCCGACAGCCCAGAAUCAAAGAGCAGGUUCGUUUAACAAGCCCGUGGCGUUGUCCCUCUCAUGCUCUGAGCGCAGCUUGCAGACCGUGGGGCUCCAGGGCCCGUGCUAGGCGUUAUGGGAGCAAUGGGUUUGUUUUUCACUGUGUUAAAAGACGGCGCGAGGACCUGGUCUGAACAGUCACCGAGCCGCUCUGGGCUCCGUAGCGCGCUGUAAAUAGAAAUAUGCAGGAAGGUUGCGACCCGCACGGACCUUGUGCCGGAGUGACAACCCGUCCCGAUCUAUGCAAAUCCGAACGGAGCAGCCCGUCGUCGUGGUAGCCGGGCUGCGUCCUGCGGCGGUGCCCGCUCUGUCUGUACAGCGAGGAAUGUUGGUCGGAGCAGAAACUGAACCAUGCACCUCUGUGAGCGAGCCCCCUGCUCCCCACUGCACAGGCUCUGGGCCCCCAGCGGAGCUGCCCUCCGAUUUGGGCAGCUCGCCGUCCCCACGCACAAGCACACCUGUCCGAUGGCUGAACUUGAACACGCCAGCUGUGUGUCAGGAGGCGUUCGGGCAGCACAGGGAGGAUCCUGCCGCCCCCCCCACUGGAGGCUGAACACGGUUUCCAAACACCAUGGGGCCGUGAGAUUGUCACUUCCCCAGAGCUCAGGGGCAGGCCCUGGGUGCUUUGGGCAAUACGGGUCUGUGUGUUUCAUGUCCCCGAUCCACAGAGGAGAUGGGUCGGUUAUAGCUCAAGCUGGAGCAUUGUGCUUUUAGUGCUGGAGGUCCCCAGAGCCAGGCCUGAUGGUGCUGUCCCACAACCCCCUCCCCCUUGGCGUGGUCACCAGCGGGGUUUGACCUGGGGCCGACAGCACCACAAUGCAGAUUCCUACCGCUUGAACUGGCAGUAGUAGUGGGUUGUUAUCCCCUAUAGGACCAGCCCACUAGAGGGGGCUGUGCUAAGAGCUCAGACAGCGUAUCACAGGAGCGCACUACAGGGGGUCAUGGCAGCUCUCAACACGUGGGAUAUGCCGGGGAGACUGUUCUCCCCCUCCCCGCUUGGGAGUGCGUGGAGCUGGUGCAGGAUAGACUGGCCUGCCUGGGGUAAACCAGAGUCAGGCCUUGGGGCUGAGAACUGGGAGAGCCAGCCCUGGGGCUGGGGGGAGGGGCACAUUUUGAUGCCAGUUUUUCUGGGCACCUGAAGGUGAAACCUUGGGGGGUUCUUUUGGGGGGGUUUAAAUGUGUCCUACGGAGCUUUGCAAUAACCCCCAGCGCCAGCCAGCUGUAGGGGACCAGCUCCGUCCCUUACGGCCUCAGGGUGGGCGAAUCCUCUGCCAGGCGUCCACAAGGGAAUGGAGUCCCGGUGGGGGCUAGACCCCCCGCAGAUCACAGGAGCCCCUUUCAUAAAUCCCAUUGCGGGGGCGGGGGCUGGUGGUGGGAGCUGCCACUGGGCAAACCGUCCCCUCACGAAGCUUUAGAUGGGGCAAGGGAGGGAUCUGGACACCUCUGUGUGAUGCCGGUCAUCCCCUAAUGCCAUCAGCCCCCAGGUAAUCUGGGACUUACCUUGGCACCGGCCGUCCAGCCCCGCAGCAGCCUCUCCUCCAUCUGCCUCUAGCUGGGGUUGCUCCCUCCCGCCACCAUCCUGCUCCAGCUCCGGUCUCCUCCCCGGGGCCGCAGCGCCUGCUGUCUCUUGUGCAGUGGUCGUUUUAGGAAUUCAGGAAGCACAAAGCUUUAGCCAUGGCCCCCACUCCACCCUGAGAGACUCCGGUCGCUUUCCCCAGAGUCAAACCUGCCCUCAGCCCAGCGGCGGGGUCAUGAUACACUAGGACACUUCGCACUUUAACCCCUUGAAAGCCAUUCCUUCCCGUCACAGCCAUCCUGCAACGGGCUGCUUCAGAGCACUCGACUGUCCCCCUCACCUCCGGACCCCCGCACGCCGCCCCCUGCGCUAGCCAAAGCAGUUACCGCCUCUGAGUUCGCAUACGCUGUGGUAGGUCAUAGGCCCCGGCGCUGACGUGUGCCCCUCUGUAAAUACCCUUGGCGUGAUGUGAACAAUGUUUGAUUU